AUGUCAUCCACGAGAUAUUUUCCGAAAACCGGAAAGACGAACAUCACGAGGAAUGGGUGGUCUAUGAAGCCACAUGCCCUAAUGACAAUACGAUCCACAAGAGCACGCGCAGAUACGCCCUUAAGGAGAAGAGCGCGCGGAAUCAGUGAGACCGAACUGGAUGCCACCGAGGCUUUGGCCAAACAUUCUUACAACGGCGAGUGCCGGGCGCUCAGCAUAUUCUCGGAGUCCGGGUACACCCCGGUAUUCUACGGCAGCGAGGAACUGUCUUCCGAUCAGAAUCCGUUUUUCCGGCAUGGGCAUGUCUGGGCGAUGGCCAUGGGGCUGGCGGACGGCACAAGUCUUGUUGAUCUUUCCGAUUUGAGUUACUCCGACAAGGUGAUCAUUCAAGAGGAGAUGAUCAAGGCCUUGGAGUACAUGCGACUCCGAGGUUGGGGAUGGUACAUGCCGGAGACGGAGCAAAUCUUUUAUGACCAUACUCGGCGAUCGGUUUCUAUCGUUGUACUUUCGCGGGCUGUAAUUGAUGAUGACGACUGUUCUGCCCCGCCGCCUGAGGAUCGCAUUACCAGAGAUCAUCCAGAAUUCAUUUCUUUCGGUAUCAACUGGCGGAUGUGGGGAAUCAGUAUGCCCGAAAUAUGGGCAAAGAGUCUGAUCAUCGCGAAAUCGUGGCACUUAUUCAGUGUGGACAGGCAUACUCAUCAUGUAUUGGUGGUGAACAGUAUGCCCCUUGAGAAAGGUGACUUUUGUUUGACGGUAAUCUUGCACAUUAUAGCUUCCCAGGCUAAUGAAAGUAACUUCAAGGGACCAUCUGAGAGUCUCCCGGCGACAUUACCUUAG